GAAAAUCUUGGGUUCUAUUUUUCAAAAUUGAAAAAUUCGAAAUUUUUUUUAUUUAUUUUUUUUCAAAAAGCAAAAGGUUUCCUUUCGCGCUUUUCUUACUUUUUAGUUUUUUCCAUCACUUUUUUGGAUAAUUUUAAUUUAUUUAUUUUACAGUAAUUAUCUUUUGCUUCUACGUUCCUAAUUAUUUAUUAAUCUCCCAUCAGUUAUUUGAAUAUCUCACUAUGGCAGACGAAGACAGAAUCAGUAAGCUGAAGUCCCAAGUGCAGUUAUCCCAAGUCAUUUCUCAAAAUACCGAACUGACCUCAGCGCACUUGAAUAAAAUAAAAGAUAUCUGGGAAAGGCAAGAUGAUUUGGUCAGCCAAAAUGAUAAAGAUUUUACGAUGCAAGAGGUCCUGUUGGAUUUGGAGGUAUUGGAAAAAACCGGCUCCACUUUGGGACAUUACAUCAAGACUGUCAAAGCAAACACGAAUGCCUUUUCAUUGUCCGAUUUCGCCGAUAAAUUGAACGAUAAAUUUUUACAAAAUGGUAAACACGAUUGGCUCGCGUCUUCUGAAACAGCUAUCCCAAUCAUCAAUCGUCUCCCUGGUUUUCCUCUGCUUUUGGGAACUUUCCAACCAAACGCUCCUUUCGUGAUGCCGGAGAAAAAAAGGAAAGCUUCCUCUCGACAAAAAGAUGUAGUCGUUGCUAAGCAAAAAGCAGAAAAUGUUGUGAUGACAGAAAAAAACAACGAUUCUAUAGACGCGAAAGUGAAUUUCGUCACUAAGAAUUUGAAAAGAUGUUUCAAAGAAAAUGGAAAGCGACCUAUUCCGUUGUAUGAUUUCAUCAUCCAUCCGACUAACUUUACUACUACCGUCGAAAAUAUUUUCUAUCUGUCUUUCGUUAUUAGAGAUGGAUUGGGGUUAAUUGAAGUGUUCGACGAUGAUUUAUUUAUUUCACCGAUGGAACGCGAAGAACACGCAGCCAAGAAUAAAACUACGAAAAAACAGUUCAUAUUUAAUAUUACCAUGCAGCAGUGGAAGAACAAGAUCGAAGAGAAAAACAUUCAAGAACCAGCUAUCAAUUGGGCGCUCAAUCGAUAAACUACGAAGAAUUUCUAAUGCUAAUGUGAAUUAGAUGUUAUUCAUUUCCUAUAGGUACAUGUUCGAUACAUGUGUGAUCACUCGUUACGUUUUAUCCAUUAUUAUUUCGUAUGAUGAACUGUAAAUUACCAGAUUGUUUCUGCACUCCGGAGUGAUGACUGUUCCUAUUUUUAAGAUUAUAAUUAUAUGUAUUGUGAUUGUUCAUUGUAAGUGUUUCUAUGUGUGUCAAGACAUAUUGUGACUUUUUUACUUCGAAUUCAUUUUUGUAUGUAAUAAAAUUUGUAUUUUUCAA